UACAGCCACAUAUGGUCCAGAGAAGCAAACAGGAGUACAUUAAGAGAAUCAAAUACGGAAAACAACAAACAUUCUGAAAUGGAUCAGAAAGGCAUUUCUAUAAUCUUGUUUUACUCAGUUAUAUAUGGUGUAGGAGCAUAUAUUCCUCAUCGCUAUCACUUUGUGAAUGAGAAUAAAAACUGGAGUGAAGCUCAGACUUACUGCAGAGAGAAAUACACUGAUCUCGCCACCAUCAGCAACAUGGAAGAGAUGAAGAAGCUGAAUCACACACUGAAGAAGGAAACUGCAGAGCAAGCUUGGAUCGGUCUACAGAGAGAGGGCACUGGGGAAUGGCAGUGGUCUCUGGCAGACCAAACUUUCUACAGAGACGGAGACACUUACAGAAACUGGAAUAAUGAAGACAAAACGAAAAUUGGAGAGAACGAGUUCUGUUCUGACAUGGCAAAGGAUGGUUCUUGGUAUAAUUGCAGAUGUAAUGUGACAUUACCUUUUGUGUGUUAUGAAGAAAAGGACACAGGCACUGAUGAAUACAAAAUCAUUAAUGAGAGUAAGACCUGGCUUGAUGCUCAGAUCUACUGCAGAGGGAAACACACUGAUCUGGCCAGUGUGAGGAAUCAAAGUGAGAAUGAGAAAAUCAAGGGACACAUUGACAAGGUAGUGGGUCUUGGUGUUUGGAUUGGUCUGUUUUAUGACUUCUGGAAGUGGUCAGAUGGGAGUAUUUCCUCAUUCAGACACUGGAGAUUUGACCAACUGAAUAAUACACAUGGUACUGAGAGGUGUGCUGCAAUGAAUAUGACUGAGAAAAAGGAGAAUCUCACCUGGAAUGAUGAGAACUGCAACAAAAGCUUUCCAUUUAUCUGCCAUGAGAAUAAGCUGAUCCUGAUUAAGCAGAAUCUGACCUGGAAAGAAGCUCUGAGAUACUGCAGGAACCAUCAUUACAACCUGGUCUCAGUGCGCACUGAGGAGAUGCAGCUCUGGGUGAAGGAAGUGGCUCGAAACACCUCCACUGAACACGUGUGGCUCGGCCUGCGUCACACCUGCGCUCUGGGCUUCUGGUACUGGGUGACUGGAGAGAUGAUCUGCUACCAGGACUGGGCCCCGGGGAAUGGGACAGGGUUCGAAGACUGCAGCAGUGAGGAGAGAACCGGAGCAGUGCAGUCUGGAGGAGAGCAGCAGUGGAUCAGCCUGCCUCAGAGCUACACACUCAACUGCAUCUGCUCUACCUAUGAAGGCUGAAGACAAGUUGUGGUCCAUCAUCUGUAUCCACCAUCAGCUGAUCUACACCAAUAUCUCAUUUUUAUUUUUUUUAUAAACAUUAUUAAUAUAUUCUAUCCAAAUGUUUAAUCCUAUAUUUACACCAUAUAUCAUGGAUUUUUUUUUUUCAUUUUACGUAUGUUCAUGCAAGUUGCACUCACUAUGUUAUAUCUGUUUUCUUCAUUAAUAGAAGGGGGUUUGAGGUAAACAAGAUGAAAUGCAUUUAUAUCUUUCAUACUGUAUGUUCAAGUGUGUUGUCUGCACACAUUUGUUAUUAUUAUUAUGUUUUUUUUGAAUAGAUAAUUAAAGUGUAAGCAGCUUUAUAAUAUUGUAGGUUACACAAGCAUGUAGACAUACAGUAUAACACCAUAAAGUCAUAAUUACAGGAUGUUUAUAACAACUAAAUACAUUUUUCUCUCAAAAUUGAAUGUUUUCAUAUAUGAAUAGAUUACUGAUUAUUUUUUAAACUGUAUUUUUUUCUAAUCAGGGGUGGUAGUCUCUCUAUACCUGUAAUAUCAGAUAAUUUGACUUUUAAUACAUUAGAAUAUGGAGUGUAAUGAAUAUUGGAAUUAUUUUCUCCAAUAAAAUGA